AUGGCGUCUUCCAACCAUGUUACCCCCACCAACUGUAGCUGGUGGCCCAUCUCAGCCAUGGACGAGGACGGUAAAAUCACGGACGGGGAGGAGAGCGAGGAACCGACGGCAGAGCCCAAACCCUUCAGUAAAGACAGGCUGGUGCUUUACCACUGGACGCAGUCGUUCGCCUCCCAGAAGCGGUUGCAGGUUCGUCUGGUCAUCGGGGAGAAGGGCCUGGUCUGCGAGGAGCGGGACGUGAGCAUGCCGCUGCAGGAGCACAAGGAGCCGUGGUUCAUGAGGCUGAACCUGGGAGAGGAGGUGCCCGUCUUCCUCCACGGCGACGCCAUCAUCAGCGACUACAACCAGAUUAUAGACUACCUGGAGAAGACCUUUGUGGGAGAAGCCGUGGCGCCGCUGAUUCCUGACGCCGAGUCGCCCGUGCACGAGCGCGUGCAGCAGUACCGCACGCUGCUGGACGGCCUGCCCAUGGACGCCUACACACACGGCUGCAUCCUCCAUCCAGAGCUCACCAUCGACUCCAUGAUCCCAAAGUACGCCACCGAAGAAAUACGCAGACACUUGGCCAACGCUGCGACGGAGCUGAUGAAGCUGGACCACGAGGAGCCUCAGCUGACAGAACCGUACCUGUCCAAGCAGAAAAAGCUCAUGGCGAAGAUCUUGGACCACGACAACGUGAACUACCUGAAGAAGAUCCUGGGGGAGUUAGCGAUGGUCCUGGAUCAAGUGGAGGCUGAGCUGGAGAAAAGGAAACUAGAGUAUCAAGGUCAGAAAUGUGAGUUGUGGCUUUGUGGACCUGAUUUUACGCUAGCUGAUAUCUGCCUCGGAGCCUUGUUGCACAGGCUCAAGUUCUUGGGACUUUCUAAGAAAUUCUGGGAGGACGGCAGCCGGCCCAACCUGCAGUCCUUUUUUAUGCGUGUGCAGAAACGCUACGCUUUCCGGAAGGUCCUGGGCGACAUCCACACGACCCUCCUGUCCGCCGUCCUGCCCAACGCCUUUCGGAUGGUAAAAAAGAAGCCGCCCUCCUUCUUCGGCGCCUCUUUUCUCAUGGGCUCGCUGGGAGGGAUGGGCUACUUCGCCUACUGGUUUUUAAAAAAGAAAUACAUGUAG